AUGGCUCAUGAAACUUCUCUAGGAGAAACAUUGACCAUCAACAAAGAUGCCAUAGUAUGGCACAGUUGGUUUAACCAAGUCCAGCCAAUCUCGAUAUGUAAUGGACAUUGCCAACCUGGUACUAGCAAGAAAGUGAAGGAAGGGAAGCCAUUCUGUUGCUAUGACUGCAUUCCAUGUCCAGAUGGGAAGGUUUCAGAGAACGAAGAUAUGAGAGAUUGUUACAACUGCAGAAAUGAAUUCUAUCCAAAUAAAAACAAAAAUUUCUGUCUGCCUAGAUAUGUAAGUUUCUUAUCUUAUGGAGAACCUCUUGGGAUCAGUUUUUCUUUCUCUGCCCUUUUAUUUUCUUUGAUUACAGUUCUGGUGCUGGGAAUAUUCCUAAAGCAUCACAACAGUCCCAUUGUUGUAGCCAAUAAUCGAAACCUCACUUACACACUUCUGGUGUCCCUCCUGCUUUGCUUCCUCUGUGUGUUCUUGUUCCUUGGCCGUCCUGAGCAUGUGACCUGUCUUAUCCGUCAGGCUGCUUUUGGAACCAUCUUCUCAGUGGUAGUUUCUUGUGUGUUGGCAAAGACUAUCACAGUAGUUUUGGCAUUCUUAGCCACCAAACCUGGAUCCAAGAUGAGAAGAUGGGUGGGGACAAGACUGGCCAUCUCAGUCCUUUUUUUCUGCACCCUGAUUCAGGCAUGCAUUUGCAUUUCAUGGAUGUGGACUUCUCCACCUUUUGUAGAGACUGAUACUCAUUCAGUGAAUGAAGAAAUCAUAAUACAGUGUAACGAGGGGUCAGUGAUUAUGUUUUAUUGUGUCCUGGGUUACUUGGGCUUUCUGGCUAUUAUCAGCUUCUCUGUGGCUUUCCUUGCCAGGAAGUUACCUGAUACUUUCAAUGAAGCCAAAUUCAUCACAUUCAGUAUGUUGGUGUUUUGCACUGUGUGGUUGUCUUUUGUUCCAACCUAUUUGAGCACCAAAGGAAAGUACAUGGUUGCUGUGGAGAUCUUCUCCAUCUUUGCUUCCAGUGCUGGUUUGAUGGGAUUUAUUUUUUCCCCCAAAUGCUAUAUUAUUCUCUUGAGGCCAGAGCUGAACAAGAGAGAACAACUGAUUAGACGGAAUUACUGA